AUGGACGUAAAGGUUGAAAUUAAAUCGGAACCAGCCGAGGAGGUGGUAGUGGCGGCACAGCCGGAAGCGGAUUGGUUCGUUGAUGUUUCACCAAAAGGUGUGCUCGGUAGAAAUGCCACCGGCACUUCGUGGGUCUUUCGCGGAACUUACAAAAACCAACAAGUCGCCAUCAAACGAGUGGGAAUCGACGAAUUAAAGACGAAGGAAGAGGUUUUCAUCAUCAGCCAAGUUGAGCACAAAAAUGUCGUCAAACUGCUUCACGUGGAAGAAAACAACUUGUUCAAGUUUUUCAUGUUGGAACUGUGCGCUGCUUCUCUACAAGGAUUUUUCGAUCAAGACUACACUGGCCAUAUGCCGACAGACGUUGAAGUUCUCUGCCAAUUGUCCAGUGGACUUGAUUACAUCCAUUCCAAGGGGUUCAUCUAUCGCAAAGUCAAGCCGGAGAACAUGUUGAUAUCGUUGACGACCCCAGUCGUUAUGAAAUGGGCCGAAUUUGGUCUCAACCAAAUGUCCGAUUCGUCAACUGAGAGUUCGAGCAGUGAAUCUCUGUGCUGGAUGUCACCGGAAGUUCUCUCCAGUGGAGACGGAACUAGCGCGGAUUCGAAAGAAAGCGACAUUUUUUCAGCUGGAUGUGUUUAUUUUUAUUAUUUUACGCGUGCUCAUCCAUUUGGGAAAAAAUCGGUCGUCAAGAAGAACGUCAUGGAGGGCAACCCCAUCAGCGCUGAAAGUAUAAAACUGAAUUUCUUUAACGUCCUUAUUGUUGAUGUAAUCAUAUUUUAAUUGUAAAUUGAAACAGGACUUGCAAAUGAUCACUUCGCUAAGACUGUCAUUGCCGGAAUGAUUUCCAAGGAUCCGGCACAAAGAAUCACCUUGGCGGAAGUAAUUGCUGGAUUGAAGCCAAAGCCAAUUCCGCCGGCAGUCGUGGU